ACACACAAAACGCCACUCGCACAAAAGUUUACCCAUUCAAAACGCAACCCCGAACAAUCUCUGCCCAAUCGAAUUCCUGUCCAAAUAAAAUUACAUUAAAUUCCCCCAGCUAGCAAAUCAAAAGAAAUCUUUUUAAUCAAUUUCUUUGCACCUUCACCUUCCAAAAGAAAAAAAGAAAUAAAUAUCUGCACUCCUCAUCCAAUCCAAAAUUCAAGUUUCCUUGUCUUCUUCUUAUUAUUUUUCAUUCCCUUGACCUUUCUAUAUUCUUUUGUCCAGUUUUUAUCUUUUGUUUGCAUUCUUCACCAACUUCCUACUCUUUCCUCCGUGCACGUUAUAUAAAUUUAUCAAAAACCCAAUUUCUAGUAUUUGAAAGCACAUACUUGGUGUAGUUGAAAUCGUAUAAAAUUAAAAUCCCAGAUCUGAAAUUUCCCAUGUUUUAGUUUCUGAGGAUUUAAAGUUCUAUUUUUUGCAGCUCCUUUUCUGGGAUUGAUCAGGCCUGUACGGAUGAAGGUUUGGUUUUUAGUUCUUGGGAUUUUUCUAUUUUUUUAGUAGUUUAUUCGUCGAUUAUUUGAUGAUUGGAUAUUAUAUAUACACACACGCAUGGAGUGGUUUUUGAUCACAAUGCUUAUGGUUUAGAGAGAUAAGAAUGUUAUGUGCAUGUUGGUUGUGUAAUUGGAUUUGUGUGUGAACUAUUGGAGUUGGUGUUUUUCUGUGAAGUUUUAGAAUUGGGUGUGUAUUUUAUUGCUGGGUGUGUGAGAAAGUUGGUGUCUUUUGGAGGUUAGAGAGAGAGUUUUUGUUUAGAAAUGGAUGCCGGGGCAUGUGAUUUGCAGGAUAGGAGGGAGGUGUUGGGUGGAGUUGAUCAAAAGGGGAGUGAAAAGUCGAAAUGUUCUGUUGUUUGGUCGGUUGUCGAGACUGUUAUUGUGAUUGAAUCCGAAGAGGAUGUUCGUGUCACCGGAAAAAAUGAAGAUUUGGAAGCAUUGGGGAGUGAGUUGGGGUCUGAUAAAGCAGAGGUAGAAGGGCUUGAGAAGCCGAAUGAUAAGGAGGCAUGCGGCCAGCGUGGUAGUGAUGAGGUACCUAGUCAAGUUGAGCAAGGAGCUAAUAAGAAUUCGAACAGUUCGGUUGAUGGGAAUGUAUCUGAGACCGUGGUUGUCAUUAAUUCAAGUGAGUCUACGAGUGCAGUUGGAGAUAACAGAAGAUUGGUUCCGAAGGUUGAGGAAUUAGGGUCGAGUAAGGUAUUAAUGGAAGAGUCAAAGAAGAAGGUGCCUCAAGCAGAAAAGGAUUCAUAUGUGAUUGAUAUGAAGUGUGGGAGUGGUAAAGGGUUUGGUAAUAAAUGGGACGGGGAAAGGGUCUGUAGGAUUUGCCAUCUAAAUUCUGAUAUCUCACCGCCGAGAAAAAUGGGAACUGCUAAUAGUUCUAUCACAGCAGAUUUAAUUCAACUCGGUUGUGGGUGUAAAGAUGAGCUUGGCGUUGCUCAUGGUCAUUGUGCCGAAGCAUGGUUUAGGGUAAAAGGAAACAGGACGUGUGAAAUAUGUGGAGAGACCGCGCAAAACAUUACUGGUCAUGGGAAUAACAGAUUUAUGGAGGAGUGGCAUGAAGCAACGCUUGCUGAUAUCGGUAAUAACUCAUCGGAGAGGAAUGUAUCCUGUUGGCGGGGCCAACCAUUUUGCAACUUCAUAAUAGCAUGUUUGGUGAUAGCUUUUGUACUUCCAUGGUUUUUUCGUGUGAAUCUGUUCUAGGCUCCAGCAAACGGAUGUGAAUAAAAUCUCAAGCUUCUUCUGUUGCAUUAUGUUUCAAGGCUGCAUGUGCAGCGUGCAUCACGUGGAGUAUUGCGACAUCUUGCCUUAAAUUGGAUUUUUCCGGUCUUCCAUUCACUUGCAAAGCACUCUGUCAAAUUCUGCGUAAGCCCUCUGGCAUAGAUUUUCGCCUUUGUAGCUCAAAAAAAAAAAAGAAAAGAAAAGAAAACGAAAAGCUAGGACAUGAAAUUAGAAAGGGAAAAGGUUUUAAUUCUUUCUUUGUUGUAGACUCCAUUUUUAAGUGAGAAAUUGAAUAGACAUUUCCAUGAAUUCUGCA